UCAUCACCCAGCGUCUGGGGGGAUAAACUACGACGCUUGAACACGCAUGUGAGAUGUAAACAUUUAACAUUUCCUGGUAAGAUUUCAUUAUAAUGGCACCGACAGAUCAGAAAAUAAGGAAUAAGACUUAUAAUAAUAAGAACAAUAAAUCAAAAGGAAACGCACAUGGUGUCAAAAAGAAGAGGAAAUGGAUCCCGGAGCACAAAAUAUUCGAAGGCAGUGUUAACGAAGGUCAAGGAUUUGCAUUCAAGAGGAAGCAGAAAGUCAAACAUGAGUACAACAAACUACUGCGGAAGAAGAAGAAUUCUGAGUCCAAACAGCUGUACAAAGAAGAGUAUCCAGAACACCUCAGGCAUCUUUACAUGGCAGAAGAAGAGAAACUGAAACAUGAGGCUUGGACCAAUAGAAUGAAUAGGACUAUGCAGAGAAUGAAAGGCCAGAAGAAGAGAGAAGUGACAGAUGAUGACACUGCUGGACAACAAACUGAAACGGCUGAUCAAGAUGCAAAUGUUGCUGGUUCCUCUGGGCUGACAGAUUCUAUGCAUGACUCAACAACAGCUUCAGAGAAAGAGAGCCUACCAAUAAGCAACCGCAUGAGGAAGAAAAUGGCGAAGAAGACAUCCUAUCAGAAGACAAAAGAGGAAUUCGAGAGUGUCAUCGAAAAACGUAGAAAAAAGAAAGAGGAGUACCUGAAAAACAAGCAGCAAAGAGAAGAAGCCAUUCAGAGGUACAAACAAAAAAAGAUGGAGACGUUCCAGAUGCUGAGCAAAAAGACCAAGAGGGGACAACCAAAUCUGAACCUUCAGCUUGAGUAUUUGCUUCAGAAGAUACAAGGAACUGAGAACUGACUGCGGACUCACAGCUGAUCGUGAGGAAUGAAUGGAAAAAGAGUGGAUUGUCCCUGUAUUUGACUUGGAUAUUUAAGACCUGAUACAGACAUAUCUGAUGUGCACUAGGUCUGUGCUUUCACGCCAUUGUUUCAGUGGUUCUCUAUCCAUAGAAUACCUGAUAUUGUGACCUAUUUUAAUCUUAGACCACAAGAUGGCAUUGUAAGAUAUGAAGAGAUGUUCAUGUAAGACAUUGUUUAAAUCAAUAAAAGCUUUCUUUAAAGUGGUAGUUUUUUGAAA